AUGAACCACGGACGGUCGAGAAAACUCUUCUUUGACCAGACAGCAGACAGCUACGGAAAUCGCAUCAGGCAUCUGGAAGAGAUUGUGUGCCUCCUGCUAGCCCAAACCAAUACCGCUCAGCUUCCUUGUGUACCUGCGGCUCCUCUGACCAGUAUGUUCCGAUACUCGACGGAUCAGGGCCUUGUACCGGUACUAUCAAAGAAGAUGGUGAUUUCUCUCGCAGACGACCAGAAAAACAUGAGGUUGAAGGGAGGAACUCCUCAUCUUAAUCCAUCCUGUCCUAACAAUGUCCUCCGCUACUUUCACUCUUCAACUCAGUCUACAACCUCGACGCCAUCCUUUUCUCCUCCCACCCGCUCGCCCUCGGCUCGCUCUCCGCUCUCAGCUGCUCCUCCGUCCUCAUCUACACCCUCAUCCAAUCACAGCAAGCAUCCCAAGGAUCCCACCAUUCCUCAUGGCGGAGCUAGUACGCCCCUAUCCAACUCGCCGACCUCUAGAGCCCGUCAGUUCAAGACUACCAAAGGCCACAAGACAAUGUCCACUGGUUACGGGAGCCUCCGGACGAUCUCGGGAGUCUAUCAAGGGCCGGGCGAGCUCAGAAAUAACUGA